AUGGUCGUCAAGCAAGGCCAUAUUGUGCAUGUUGGUUCCGGCAAGGACGAAGAGGUUCUCCAGGUCCGAAAAACAGGACCAAUAGUCGAUUUGGGCAAUCGAGUCGUUCUCCCGGGUUUUAUCGAUGGGCAUGUACACAUUAUGAACUUCGGGAUGUCUCUGCAGAAACUGGACCUUUUGCCUUGCACAUCACUCCACGAUAUUCGACAAACCAUCGCUGUCUUUGCCGCCGCGCACAAAUCUGAUCCCCGCAUUCUCUGCCGAGGUUGGAUUCAGUCGAUCACAGAAGGCAAGGUCUUCGCCACGGAACUCGACGAUCUGGAUCCACGACCCGUCUACAUCGAAGCAUUAGACCUUCACUCGACCUGGUGCAAUACUGCAGCUCUGAAAGAGCUCCAAGUGCAAUCCAUGAGUAACCCACCAGGGGGGAAGAUCCAUCGCCAUGAAAAUGGCCAUCCUUCCGGAUUGCUUGAUGAAGGUGCCCAGUUCAAUAUUGUCUGGCCCUUUUUAACCCGCGUGGCCACUUUGGAGAAGAAGCUAGCUGCUAUUGACGCGGCCUUCGCUGCACAUAUAUCAGCUGGAUAUACUGGCUUAGUCGACAUGGCGAUGAAUGAGAAUGACUGGGAAGCAUUGAAUAUCUACCGGGAUCGACAUGGGGAGCUUCCAUUACAUGUGGCAGCACACUGGCUGGUACCCUACUCAGAGGAUCAUGCCGAAGUCUGCAGCCACAUUGACCGUGCAAUCUCUCUCCAUCGUACAUUCAAUCGCUCGACGUCUCCCGCCUUUUGUAUCAACGGAAUAAAGCUCAUCUGCGACGGAACAGUGGACGGCUGCACUGCAGGCCUACACCAGCCCUAUGGCGGGCUUUCCAAAGUUGUUGAUCCAAUAUGGCCUGCUGAGACCCUUGCGUCGGCGAUUCACCGUGCUACUGACGCUGGUCUGCAAUGUGCAAUCCAUGCCAUUGGUGAUCGAACAGUCCAACAAGCAAUUGAUUGUUUAUCUCAAAUUAGCGACCUUCCAAUUCAUCGUCAUCGCAUUGAGCAUUUGGAGCUUACUACCCCGGAAGACGCCAAACGGCUUGGUGAACUUGGAAUUGUCGCCUCGGUUCAGCCUGUCCAUCUAGACCCUGCAACAUUUGGCGCAUGGCCAGAGAUGCUCGGUCCACAACGCUGCAAGCGGGCUUUUGCCUACCGCGAUUUUGUGGAUGGUGGUGCCGCCUUGGUCUUCGGAACUGAUGCUCCGACCGCAAAACAUCUUGCAUUGCCCAAUCUUUACAACGCAACCACUCGACGGUCAGCCCUUGACCCUGACAGGGAGGAUACUGUUAACAUCGAGUAUGCUGUGUCUCUUGCUACGGCGGUAUCGGCAGCAACUACGGAGGCUGCCUAUGCAUCGUUCGCUGAUUCCUGGACGGGAAUAUUAAGGCCAGGAUUCCAAGCCAAUUUUGUAGUCCUUGAUAUGGAAUGGUCUCCGGGGAAUCUUCUUGGAGCUCGUGUGUGUCAAACGUGGUACAAGGGGCAGAAGGUCUUUGAUGCAGGGGACAACAAAUGA